UUCGAUGGAGGAAGUUCCCAUGAAUCGAAGACAACCUGAUAUGAGAGGUGAACAGGGUUCUCUCAAUCAUUAUCUCGUUGCAUCUAUGUACUCAUCCCACCCCCAUGAAUGCAACUUUUGAUCCACCAAAACGUUUGCAUACCCUUUCUUUUGCUUUUUCACACUGAAUUUUGCUAUAAACCAGAAACUAGACCACAACACACGAGACGUGUGUGGUAGCUACGCAUGCUUUUUGGUUGAUGUUUCUGUCAUCUGAAUGAUACCUCAAACCCCAAUUGCUUAUGCUUUACCAAAUUCUCUCUCUCUCUCUCUCUCUCAAUCUCUUCUCUGUUUGCACAAAGCACAGACAAAUUCAGGAGAAAAAAAAGUAAAAUAAAGCAACAGAAUUUUCAGUCUAAGGGUUUUGCUUUUUAAUCUCUCAGCAUGGCUACAACUGUAGUUUCUGUGUCCAAACGCAUGGGUUUCACCUUGUUGUUGAACACCUUGUUCCUCGUUAUGCUUUGUGCUUUGGUGAUUGUUCAUUUCCACUCUUCAGAACAUGUUGUUCUGAGGAGGAUCAACCCCUUUGGCUUGGGGGGCGGUGGUGACCAAGGUUGCAAGAGCUUCCACAGUCUGGGUGACUAUAAAGCUAAGUGCUUGUACCUGAAAUCCAAUGACCCUUGUGUCUCUCAGGGCUUUGUUGAUUACCUUUACCUUUUCUAUUGCAAACUUGGGGGAUUCCCUUUAUUGGGUCACAGUGUUUUGUUUCUUGGGUUAUUGGUACUGUUCUAUCUGCUGGCUAACACAGCUUCUGAAUACUUUUGUCCUUCCCUUGAAAAAUUGUCCAAAUUGCUGAGGCUCUCACCUACAAUUGCUGGAGUGACUCUUCUCUCUCUUGGCAAUGGUGCAUGUGAUGUUUUUGCUACCCUUGUUUCUUUUAAUGGUAGUGGGACCCGCGGCAUUGCCUUUAACACUGUGCUUGGUGGUUCUUCCUUUGUGUCCUGUGUUGUGGUGGGAAUAGUGAGCAUUUCAAUUCGUCACAGGGGAAUUCGGGUUAAGAAGGAUGCUUUGAUAAGAGAUGUUUGUUUUCUUCUCCUUGUUCUUCUAUGCUUGUUCAUCAUUUUGAUCGCUGGUGAGAUCAAUGUUCUUGGGUCAAUUGGUUUUUGUUUGCUUUAUGCGGUGUAUGUUAUUGCUGUUUAUGUCUCAUCUACCCGAAGGAAGGGUGUCUGUGAGGAUGCUGAAAGUGAUGGCGAUUCAAGACAUGGCAGUGAUUUAGGUGUCCCUCUGCUAUGUGAGAUGGAGAAAGGACAGAUUGAUUGUGCUGCAAAUGGAGCUCAGGAAUGUGACUUGAAUAUUAAGAAAUGUUGCUGUAAGAAAUUUUCAAUACGUGGAGUGUUACUUUAUGUCUUGGAGAUGCCCCUUUACUUGCCUAGGAGAUUGACAAUACCUGUUGUUUGUGAAGAGAGAUGGUCCAAACCUUAUGCAGUUUCUUCAGCUAUGCUAGCACCACUUCUCUUGUCUUUCCUAUGGAUGGGAAAGGAAAACAAUGACCUUAACUCGAGCCUUAUAUUUUAUGGAAUUGGAUCAUUGAUUGGAAUUAUAUUAGGGGUAACUGCAUUUUUCACAACUGAGGUGCCAAGCCCACCAAAAAAGUACUUGUUUCCUUGGCUUGCAGGAGGGUUUGUGAUGAGUGUGACCUGGAGCUACAUUACAGCUCAGGAAUUGGUGGGGUUGUUGGUUUCACUUGGUUACAUAUGUGACGUAAGUCCUUCAAUACUGGGGCUAACGGUUCUUGCCUGGGGAAAUUCACUUGGGGAUUUAGUAACAAAUUUGACAAUGGCUUUAAAUGGUGGACCAGAAGGUGCUCAAAUAGCAAUAUCAGGUUGUUAUGCUGGCCCUAUCUUCAAUACAGUAGUAGGAUUGGGCUUAUCUCUUCUGAGCUCUACUUGGUCAGUGUACCCUUCAUCUGUUGUGAUCCCUAGAGAUCCAUAUCUGUGGGAGACAUUGGCACUUUUGGUGGUUGGAUUGGUUUGGGCACUUGUAGUUUUGAUUAGAAGAGAUAUGAAGCUUGAUGCACUCUUAGGAGGAGGGCUUUUAGUUGUUUACUUCAUAUCUAUGUUCCUGAGGCUGAUUCAAACACUUGGGUCUCUCCAAUUCCAGGAUAUGUUAGGCUUCAUCUUCAAAAGAUGAUAAGAAUUAUGAAUUUGUCAUCGGAUUCAUAUAGCUAUUAGCAACUGACAGUAUUUUCUGUAUAGGAACAAUAUACUAUGCAACUAUCAUAGGUAGGUGUAAAUUUGUUAGGGGUAGAAAUGCCACUGCUAUUUGUAGAUAGAUUUGCUUGGUUAAUACCAUUUCAAAUAUAUCUAGAUCACAGAAUUACAUUUGGAUACUCCCUUGUGAUGUAUAUUUUUGCAUAUUUUCUGCUUAAUUACUAUCAAGAUAGUG